AUGGCUUUCGCCAAUUGCGGGGCGGAGAUGACCGCGAGAGCCACCGCUUCCACGUACCGGUUGGAAGCGGCGGCGGGAGAGGCACGGAUGUGGGCGGAGGGAGGGACGGCCGGAGCGCGGGGAGACUGGCCCGGCCUUCAAGAGGAGGAGCUGCGGGGUCGUUGCCGCCGGGAAAAAGGAGUUGGAGGCGGCGGCGAAGGCGGAGCCUCCGGGGUAAUCGCGUUGCCGCCGCCGGGAAAGGGGGGCUCCGGAGCGCCUCCCGGGGGAGCAGAUCGAGGCCGGGCCUUGCGGCCACCACCCACCGUCAUCCUGGCGCUGCGUUGCUUGGACGGGGUCUUCCUCUCCCCCACGGAGAAUGACUUUGUCAGCAAGAUCGUGGAGGAACUGGACCACUUCCUGCUUCAAAACCAGCUGGAGAAAGUCCUCCUGUUCCCUCCUUUGUCCAGUCGCCUCAGGUACUUGAUCCACCGGACCGUCGAUGAUGUUGACCUCUUGAGCAGCUUUUCCGUUGGAGAAGGAUGGAGGAGGAGAACCGUGGUUUGUCACUCGGCGAUCAGGUUGCCAGAUGAGCCGGAUAAUCAAGAUGGCGCCUGCGGCAGUGCUUCCGGGUCAGGUCACCCUCCCCAUUCGAGAAACCGAGGGGGGCGAUCCAGAGGCGGCCCUCGUCAUGUGGAAACACUGCCCGAUGGCUCUCAGGCCCGGAGAGGGAACGGCCGGGGUCGGAGGCAGCCCUGGAAGAAGCCCGACCGAGCUCUGUACGUCCCUCGGGCGAUGCGUAAGAAGCCUGAGGGCGUGAGAGCCGAAGGACCUCCGGGCGCCUCCGGAAGUGAGUUGCGCGGCCUUGUGGCAAGUGAGGAUGAACCACGGACAUCCAGCGCCGCCUACGAUAGGGAGAGGGUUACAGAUGCCGACAGGUUACCUACCAGCGUUGAUCCUGGCGUGGAAUACCCAGCAGCUAAAAGCCCCGGAGAGAUGUAUACAACUAAUAUGGAGUCCGGUAGUAAAAGUUGCGAGGGAGGUGCAGAGUGCCCAAGGUCCCCUGUGUUGGGUUGUGCACCCGGGCCAUCAGAUCAGGAAGGCCAAAGCAACGAUAAGCCGGCCAUCUCGGAAUUGGAGGGCAGCCUAAAUCUGGCAGUAUUGGAAAGUCAGGGUCGAGGCAAUACGGAUCUUUUGGUUCCUGAGAGUUGUGAAAUAUUAAGCUUUCAGGAAGAACAGAAGGGGGAGAUCUCUGGCAAGGCGCUGUCGAAAGGAAGUGGCCAUUUGCCUUUCCCAGAAGGCCGGAACGAUGGAGCUCCAGACAGCGUUGCUGCAGAACUGAGCACCGAGUCGUCAGUUCUAGAAGACCAUGGGAAGAGUUGCUGGGAUUCCCCUGUGGUGGGAAGUGCUGCAUCCCUGCCCCUCCCUGAAGACCAUGAGAGAGAUGUUACGGACGCCAUCUUGCUGAGUCCUAGUCAUGAUCUGUGCUUCUCAGAAGGCCAGAAGAACGAUUGUACUUCUGCCAGCGGAGCAGUAUGUAGCGAGACGCUCCCCUUGCUAGAGGAGGGCACUGUGGACCCCGCUGCAUCCCCAUGCAACCUGGAAACAUCAGCACUGGAAAUCGAGGAUAAAGAUGCCACUGCUGCAUCCCUGUUGGAGUGUUGCCAACUGGAGUCUGCUGAAGGUGUUCAGGACCAAAGUAGCACUUGUGGGCCUUUGCUGGAGCAGGCAUCGUCUCCUGCCCUGGGUGGUUGCAAAAAUCCACCCGAGCUAAACCCCCUGGCUCUACCCUAUUUAAAUACCUCUGUCCCUGAUUGUGGCAAAGCCAACCCGGUACCUGAAAGCCAGGAGAGAGAGGCAGUAGACCCAGAAGGUGACGGGUGGUCUAGGCUCGAGCUGUCCGCUGGGGAUGGAAGCGUGAGCAGCUCUAUGGUGGAAGAAAAGGACAGCAUCUUUGAAGAGGACUGUGGUGCUGAGCUCUUACAAGAGAUCACAAAUUAUUUGACCAUAAAGGACAUAAGCAUUGAGAAAAUCCAGUUUGAUUACUCUAGCUACGGGGAGGCGCAGAUCAACGAGGGAGAUUUUGGACAUGUGCUUGAGAUCUAUGAGUUUUCACCUUUGCUCAAAACUGAGCAUCUCAUGGAGGUCUUUGCGGAGUUCCAAGAGAAUGGAUUUAAGUUGCAAUGGGUUGAUGACACUCACGCGCUUGGGAUCUUCUCCAGUUUGGCGGCAGCAUCACAAGCACUGGAACAAAGUUAUUCCACCUUAAAGAUCCGGCCUCUGAUCCAUGGUACAAGACAGUCGAAAAUCAAGGCACUUCAGCGGCCAAAGCUCCUUCAGCUGGCGAAAGAGAGACCACAGACGGACACGGCAGUAGCUAGAAGGAUGGUGACCAGGGCUCUGGGGCUACAGCGCAAAAGCCAGCGGACCUCAGGCUGCCAAGUGCUGGAAGCAGAAGACGCAAACCUGCCAGAGUAAAAGACCAGAUUGUCCCCAGCAGCUUGGGGGUGGUGGUGACGGUAUUAAAUGGUGUACACCCAACCAUAUGACGGUGGCGGGCCUCAUCUCUGCUCUUUGGUUAGCUGUGUGGCUGGUUUGUUUUUGGCAGCAGUGAUGAAAAGGGUGGUGAUGGUGGGUGGGUUAGAAACUGGAAACGAUCCAAGUUGAUGGGAGUUCACAGUGGGAGAUUGUACUUCCUUGUUGCUCAGUGGAAAAGAAGCUGAUGUGUAAAAAGCUCCACAGGAGGGCACUGUAUCAUAAGAAGAGAUCCCCCCUCCUGACACACACACACACACAGCCAUUGGAAUAUGUUUGCCAAAGCACCUCUCUGUUUUUAUGUGCCUUGGCUGAUUUUUAUUUUCAUUCAUAAACCUGUGCUCUGAGUAGUUGGCAAGGCCUGGAUAUCCAGCCACUCAUGCCUAAGUCAGUAGAUAUUCCAUUAGGGUGACUGUUUUGCCCAAUAACUACAACCCUGGGAAUCACUUCCCAAUGUUGCACAACGGAGCAGGAACGUGAUGGGAGGGAGGCGGAGGCUUAACACCCCCCCCCCCCAAAGCCUCUCCCUUUUCACCCAUCUCUGUGUCCAAAUAUGUUUGGGAUUGAAAUGCAAAUCUGGAUCUCCGCGUGGGUUUUAUGGGCGGGCGGUGGGGUGGGGGGCGAUAUCACAGCAGGACAAAAGCAGCAGGUAAAGGAAAGAUUCUGUAUUUCUCUCCCCUUUGCUGUUUCUCUGCUGGAAAUCUUAGAACAGUCAUGCUGUGCUUGGUAUCCAGCCCCAGGCGAGCAUUUAUCUGCAAAUUCUCACCUAAAGAAACAACUGCCUUGAGCUACGCAGGAAGAGCAGUUGAACCCCCACCCCUGAGGGACACAGGGCUAAAUCCAGAUUACAAGCAAAAAAACAAAACAAAAACGAGACGAAGAGACAAAAGUGACACGUUUGCAGGAGCCAAUAUCUUGUUUACUGAAGUUUGUAAGGAUUUUUUCCCGUUAUCGUUUUUAAAAUUAAAGCUGUUAACACACAAACCGGUAUGCAUGGUAGUUUU